GGAGGCGGGGUGGUGUCUGUGCUGGUGGUGUCGGUGUCGAGACGGAGCGGUGGGGGUCGGGCGUGCCGCACAGUCACCGCACAGCCCCUCGGUGCUCGUGUCCCCGUCCCCUGUGAGGGUCGCCGGUGCCCCCCUGCCCGGCCCCGCGCUGCUUCUGCUCCCCCGCGGGAUGCGGGCUCGGCCCGCCCCGCUAGCCCUCACCCCCGCGCCGGCCGCAGCAUGAGCGCGGCGAGCGACACGUAUUUCCUUAUAAAAGACAUAAAACCCGGACUGAAAAACUUAAAUGUCAUCUUUAUUGUGCUGGAGAUCGGGCGAGUCACCAAGACCAAGGACGGGCACGAGGUGAGGUCCUGCAAGGUGGCGGACAAGACGGGCAGCAUCACCAUCUGCGUGUGGGACGAGAUCGGCGGCCUCAUCCAGCCGGGGGACAUCAUCCGCCUGACCAAAGGGUACGCAUCUCUGUGGAAAGGAUGCCUGACGCUUUACACAGGACGAGGAGGGGAGCUGCAUAAAAUUGGGGAGUUCUGCAUGGUGUACUCAGAAGUGCCAAACUACAGUGAACCCAACUCGGAGCACGUCGGGCAGAACAAACUGGCACAGGGUGAACAGAAUAAUAUUUCUGCAUCAAGUGGUAUGGGUACUUGUACUUUUGGGCCACUGGGAAAUGGUUUACAAACUGGACCUGAGGCAAGUGGAUUUCCAUUCACGUAUAACCAUGGCCACAUUUAUGCAGGUAGUGGGAGAGGCAAUGGACGAGGACCUGUAAAUCCAGCACCAGCUAACAGUGUUCAGCCUCUUCCCCCUGCUGUCAGUAACGGGAGGGACCCACGCAGGGCCUUUAAGAGAUGACUAUGCCAAAUGUGGUCGUACAGCUUGCUUAAACUCUACACUCUACUUGAACACUUACUGCACUUUUAUUUAUAGUUAACUGUGAACCAGUUUGUCCUUUGGUUUGUUUUGGUUUUUUUUUUUUUACCUUUUGGUGUAUGGAGCAAACUUGAUGUGAUCUAUUUCUUGUUUUGCAUCAGGGAAGCACAGUGAGUCUUCCCCGUACAUAAAGGGGGUAGGGGGAGAAGGUGGAUAUGAGGAAUUAAGGGUCACAGGUGAAAAUGUCUCAAUUAAAACUCAGUGCCCUUUGCUGAACAGAAGAAAAUUUCAGUUACAUACAUGUAUUUCUGUUGGUCAGCCAUGUAGCCUUAAUAGGUCUACUCUGUCCUGUGCAAGCAUGUGUUGACUUCUGUUAGGGAUAAUGGGAGCUCUUCGUAUGGGAAGAGAAAUGAAGGGAAGAGCACAAGUGCUCUGGUGAGCUGGGUGUCCUGGGAAUGAAUAUGGCUAGUGAAGCAAUAAGUGUAAGGAAAUGGUGGUGCCAGACCUAGUGGUGUCUCUGGAAUCAGGGAAUGGAUAGCUUGGAUCACAGCUGAAGAUGUGGUGAGUGUUAUGAAGCUUGAUUCUGAUUCCAGAAAGAUGUACACUACUUGAAAAAUUCUCUCUAAACACCUUAUCACUGUCAAGGAAAGUGACACUGAUUUUUGCUUUGGAUAGAAGCUUGGAUAUUUGUUCUUGCUUUGCAUGAGAUAGCAGAAUAGGAGGAUCUAAAUUCAGACAGUGUUGGGGAAUAUGCUCUUUGUAGCCUUUCCUCGUGUAAAAGCCCAAGGUUACUUUGCAGGAGCCUGAAUUUCCAGGAGUGGACUGUUCUCAAAUGCUGCAUUACCCAUCUCUUCGAUGAGUCUGCCUACUCCUCCUUCCUUCAUUCACUUUUCCAAAUAAAUUAUGUAUUAGAUGAAGCUGUAUAUGUGGAUUGCAGAGGUACUGGCCAAGCACACAGCUGCACUUGUGACGCUGUUAAGCUUUCCUUCCUCUGUUUUAUAUGAAACGUGAGUUAUCCCUUGAAGAGCCCUCCCCACAUCCUGGGGGGCAAAUAGCUGGUUUUAUUUCUGAGCUCACAAAUGCCUUGACUCUAGAUGAGAGUCCAGUGCCAUAUUUCAGAUCAGGUUCAAACACAACUUGGAAACUGAGGUGUCAUACUGGAUUCAUCUGUUUAACUCUUCUUAACUGACCUCUCAAAUAAAAAAAAUUGCACUAACCA